AUGCCCCUAUACGUCGGGCUCGUUCCUGCUCCACUUGACGUCGAACCAGCCCUUGGAGCUUUGCGAAAAUGGAGGUCGUCGAAACCCUCAGCUUCUCAAAAUAAGCAAGCAGCAAGAAUAGACCCGCAUCUGGAGAUUAUAGCCGACGUUGAUUCAACGCAUUUAUGGAAGAUACGUAAAUUCCUAGACGACGCAGCAUCACUCGAGAUUUCUGCUUCGGCUCCACUGAUUGUCCAUGACGAGGCUGAGGAUGCCAUUCAAGAUACCGAAGACGAGCUGCAGAUGACCAUCGCUGAACUGGUAGCUCCUCCAAAAAGCAAGGACCUUGUCGUGAAAGAAAACAGGGAGAUUUAUGAAACUAAUGAUGAUGAAUUAGUGGAAAAUUUAGCUGCUGAGAACGUGAUUUCAGUUGCUGGUAAUGAGGGGGAUAAUGGUAAGUCUCUUGAUCGAAAUGGUGUUGCAAUGGUGGAUAUAGAUGCUACUGCUUCCGGGGAUCAGAACAGCGCCCACAAUGUGUUCGACGAAAUAACUAAAAGAGAAAAUGAUAAUAGAAAGAGGUCGAUUGCAUAG